UUCGAAAAAAGCCAACGGUCGUUUGACUCUCAUUUGCCUCCGAAAAAGCGUAACGCAGAGAGAAUGGACCAACGAGAUUAACGCCUUUCUCUUCUUUCCUUCGGUGUUCGUUCAGAUUCAAAUUUCCCACUUACCUUUUUGGGGUUCGCCGAUAAAGAUUCAUCAUCGCCAUCAUCAUAAUCGUUGAUUAAUUCAAUUCAAAACGACGGCGGUUUCAGCAGCAGAACAUUCGGCAUUUGUCAAUUAAUGGAGGAGCAGGACCAGUGCGACUCUCCUCGGAACAGCUCCACUGCCGCCACCAACAACUCUCCCUCUGACUACACUUGGCUUUGCUCGCAGUUGCAGCGCUUGACAAUGGUGGAUCCUGUUUAUCAUGAUGCGGAUGCAAAUGAAGUCCGUGUAGAUUGCUCUCGGGAAAAUUGUGAAAGCUCAGAAGUCGUUAGUACGCCAAAUUCAAGGGACCCAGUUUCAAAUGAUGUUCCAGGCCGUUCGAUGAUGGGUUUUUCGCUUACUUCUCCUGAUUUGGUGAUCUGUGCUGUGUCACCCGAUUUACCCCAAACCAGCUAUGAGGAUUCCCCUGAGCUCAUGGAAAGCAAGUUCCAUCAGAAGAUGGAUUCUUCUAUUGAGCUCUCUUUUGAGAAUGGAAUCGACGAGUCUCAAGUAACAGAUACCCAUAAGACUCCAACUGUGAAGUUCUCCACCACAUUGUGCCAAACUUUUAAGGAAGAUUUGUCACCUGAAGCUUCAUUCGAGCUUCUUCCGCCUCCGACGCAAAAUGACAAGUUAGAGGAGGCUUCCCUUCCUGAUAUGAGCAACAACGGAGGCUGCACUGAUGAUUUCCUGAGCAGUGAUUCUCAAAUGGCAGAAUGUGGAUCACCAAAGGAUACAGGUAAUACCGACGGAGAAGGAGACUAUCAUAAGCUGCUAAUAUGUUAUGAGAAACAGAAAAAGGAAAUACAAGAGAUGAGGAGUGCAUUGGAGGAGUUGAAAAAGCAAAACUAUUCCAAGAGUAAAGAAUGCCAAGAAGCCUGCAAUUCUUUAAAGGAACUCCAAAACGAACUCAUGCGCAAGUCUAUGCAUGUUGGAUCUUUGGCUUUCGCCAUCGAGGGACAAGUGAAAGAGAAGAGCAGAUGGUUUUCAUCACUGAGAGAUUUGACAAGAAAACUGAAGAUCAUGAAAAUGGACCACAUCAAGCUAUCAGAGGAGGCGUUGGCAUAUAAGAAGUGCCUUGAAGAUAUGAAUGAAAUAAGGACUAGCAUUCAUUCCACUAUAAAUCAGCAAGUCAAUUUGCAUAAUGAUCUGAAGACUAAGUUUAUUGAAGGGGCCAAAGAACGGAAAGAACUCUACAACAAGGUGCUAGAGUUGAAAGGAAACAUACGGGUCUUUUGCCGUUGCAGGCCUCUAAACACUGAGGAAGUUGCAGCAGGAGCUGCAAUGGCUAUUGAUUUUGAAUCUGCUAAAGAUGGUGAGCUCAGUGUCAAAUCGAAUGGGGUCACCAGAAAGACCUUCAAGUUUGAUGCUGUAUUUGGUCCUCAAGCAGAACAAGUUGAUGUUUUUGAAGACACGGCUCCAUUUGCAACAUCGGUUUUAGAUGGGUACAAUGUGUGCAUAUUUGCAUAUGGGCAGACCGGAAGUGGUAAAACCUUUACAAUGGAGGGGACAGAAGAAGCUCGAGGAGUCAAUUUUAGGACUCUUCAGGAAUUGUUUCGUAUAAUUAGAGAGCGAAAAAAGUUACAUCGAUAUGAUGUAUCAGUUAGCGUUUUAGAAGUCUACAACGAGCAGAUACGAGAUUUACUAGUUUCAGGGAAUCAGCCAGGAACAGCUGCCAAAAGGCUAGAAAUAAGACAAGUCGGUGAGGGGAUACAUCAUGUUCCAGGUCUGGUUGAGGCACAUGUAAACAACAUGAGUGAAGUCUGGGAAGUUUUGCAAACUGGCAGUAAUGCAAGGGCUGUUGGCUCAACCAAUGCCAAUGAGCAUAGUAGCCGGUCACAUUGCAUACACUGUGUAAUGGUGAAGGGAGAGAAUUUGUUGAAUGGGGAAUGCACAAGAAGUAAGCUCUGGUUGGUGGAUCUAGCAGGGAGUGAGCGUGUAGCGAAGACAGAAGUGCAAGGAGAACGACUCAAGGAAACUCAAAACAUAAAUAGAUCUCUGUCUUCCCUUGGUGAUGUCAUAUCUGCACUUGCAACUAAAAGCUCACACAUACCUUUCAGGAACUCGAAGCUUACCCACUUGCUUCAAGACUCUUUAGGAGGAGACUCGAAGACACUCAUGUUUGUUCAGAUAAGUCCUAAUGAAAAUGAUGUGAGUGAGACACUCUGCUCACUGAACUUUGCAAGUAGAGUGCGAGGGAUAGAGUUGGGUCCGGCAAAGAGGCAACUGGACACUUCUGAAGUUUUGAGAUACAAACAGAUGUUUGAGAAAACAAAGCUAGACGUCAAGAGCAAAGAUGUACAGAUCAGGAAGAUGGAGGAAACAGUUCAUGGAUUAGAAUUGAAGAUAAAAGAAAGAGACCUGAAGAAUAAAAACCUGCAAGACAAGGUAAAAGAAUUGGAAGCACAACUUCUAAUCGAGAGAAAGCUGGCACGUCAGCAUGUUGACACAAAGAUAGCCGAGCAGCACCAUCAGCAAAUCAAACAUCAACAAGAUGAGCAAUCUAUUGCACCCACAAGGUCACCGUUUGAUAGCCGACCAUUAGCAAGUCACAACAUCCUUAGUGAAACAGGCAGUGUAUUGGGAAAAGAUCAAGUAAACCCUCUGCAGCCAUUGAUGGAGAAGACCAACAACAAACCCACAGCACCCCUUUUUCAUACAACAGAUGGUUUUAUCAAGCAUGUUGAUGCUACAGAGAAAGAAAACAACCCUGAAAUGGCUGAACAAUUUCUUGUUCCAAAGAAAACCGGAAGAGCCUCCAUUUGUCCAACAUUUCAGCGGAUUCCAGUAACUGCAGCUCCAAGGCGCAACUCCCUAAUUCCACUCCCAAGUGUACCAUUCCGUGUCCAAUCCCCGCCACCUGCAUUACCAUUGGCACCCAUAGCAUGCCAUGCUGAUAAGAAAGUUGAUCCAGAUGUGCCUGAGACUGACUGCUUGCCGGAACAGACACCUUGUAGCAGUCCUAAAGUCAUCAGAAUUGGCGGCAAAAAGCUAAACAGCAUAGUGAGAAGAAGCCUCCAAAAGAAAAUCCAGAUAAAGUCCCCAAUGCCGCCACAUAUGAGAAAAGGCGUGAAUGUAGGGAUGGAGAAGGUUAGAGUCUCUAUUGGAACCCGAGGGAGGAUGGCGCACAGGGGGUUGCUAGGAAAUGGUAGAAGAGCCGGAACUAAAGAAAGCCAGAAGCCUAUUAGUCACAGGGAAAGGGAGAGGGGGUGGAAUAUAAUUGGUACAGCAGCGAGAACUGCUACAAAAAGCUGAUAACGAUGAGUGUACUUAAUUCAGUUAUGGUGUGAGCAUAGAGGUUAUAUCCUUGUAGCCUGCAGCAUGGAGAGGGAGGGAGAGAGGUCACUUAUUCUGGGUCGUGCUAUUCAUUUGUUUAUUUACUAAUGUACAGAAAUGUUUGAGAAUGUCAAUGGUUUUUUGCUUUGUGGUAA